CAUACAUUAUCGCUGCACUGUGCGGGUCUUUGCCAGCCCAACCUCACACGCCCACGCACUGUCGCGAACGGGACGAUUCGCCGGUCGCCGAUCAAUCGGCAUUUCUGGUAUGUGGACGUGCAUGACAUCAAGCACGUGAGACACCUGACUAAACGUUGUCAUGACAAUACCUCUUCAACACCUGCUACGUAAUCAUUACAUUCUAGGCCUUCGUUCAUUUAUUUUUUUAAUCAGCACCGUCUCGUAGAGUUCGAAACUACCGGGCACGUUUGUCAACGCAAGUCAGCUCUGCAUCGAUUCAGAAAGCACACAGCUUUUCAGCUAAGUGCUUUUACUUUACAAAAUCUUUGUUUGGCUUCGCCCAUUGAACAGUUUUUUGGCUGAAACACGUACAUUUUUGGUGAAGAUUACACAGCGGUACUGAAGUUCCAUGCAGUUGUUUUCUUCAAGGAAAGUCGUCCAUUAUUUAUGAUCGAGAUCUGUGCGUGCAGCAGAGAUCCACUUGUUUUUACGACAGACAAGCGCGACUGUUAGGUCCCUUUCUCUGCCUGUCGUCUUCAAGUAGCAACGUGCGCUGACAUUUCUGCUGGUGACCUUUCUAGACGCUUGGAGCUAGCCGAACUUUCGAGUCAGGUGUGAAACUUUGUCACAGUCUAAACACAGACGACAGGCGCAGUGCGCAUGUCAGCGUCGUCUGCUAGGCCUCGUUUUCCCGUGACCUCGCCAGUGCAGCCGACGUCCCCGUGCAUUGUCGUCUGCUACGCCAGUGCACUUGCGUCUCGAUUGCGUCCUGACCUCGAGAUCGGCGUUCUCUGAAAAAAAAAAAGACAGGUGUAAAUCGCUUCCUACUUGCGGUCUCGGUACUUGUGCAGUUUUUAGAGAACGUUUGGAUACUCUGAUGUCAUCUCAUCUGCGCUGAGGUGAGGCCAAAGAGCGUUACAACACCUGUGCCAGAAGCCAACAAAAUAAAUGGUUUACGUCUGCUUCAUUCAUAAAUCGUAGAACAAGGUACCGUAAGAAGAUUCAACUAGAUCUGCAGUCUGUCUUCUCUGAAAGGAACUUACAAAAUGGAUGCAACCGAAGAGGUGGUUUUGACGGCAUCCAAGCGCAACGGUCAUGCCGUGAUGAGGCUGGAGCGGAAGAGGCGGGACCAGAUCAGCAUGACGGAGGUGCAUCACGUCGCGGGCGGUCCAUAUAAGGGCAUACUGAUCAACAAAGCUGCAGAGGAUAUGGGCUCUGUGGAACCGCCAGAAGCGCGACUGGAGUUUAUGACAUACCUUAACAGACGUGACCCUACCACGGACACUAUCAAGGACCAGUGGAUUCUCAGAUUCUGGUUCCGUGGGAGUGCUGACGGACUCACCAAGAAAAAGGCUUUCACUGAAUAUUUCCAGGAACUGGUCAACCCCAAGGGUCUUCCAAAAAACUACAUUGGCUUUGUGAAGAGGGCACUGGUGCUACUCCAGAAGUCCCGCCUUAUCAAGCGCGUGGAGCUGGAGGUGCAGGAACGCGAUGGCUUGUUCCCCGAGGACGAGAUGUCUCAUAUCAAGAGUUUCGUGUCGGUAUUCACACCUGACUCGUACACGUACCAGUUUGUGCCAGAGGUACCUGUGAACAACAAAACGUCCUUAACUUUCAAGGUGAAAGCCGCAGGUGAGGCCUACCUGUCGCUGUCCGCCGUGUACGGGGACGUGGCGAGAAAGACUUUUGAGAUUGUCUUCGGGGCGGACGAGAACACCAAGUCCCUCAUCAGAGAUGGCUCUCUGGGUCCUGUCAAGGCGGAGGCGGCGACCGUUAAUCUACUCAGUCCCACGGAAUUCCGGUUCUUCUGGAUAUCCUGGGACAACAAUGUUGUGGAAGUUGGCCGGGGAGCCAAAUACGGCCAGCAACAGUUUUUAAAAUCGGUACCACCCAACCGCCAGUUCAACGUCAACUGUAUGGCCGUCUCCACUUCUAUUGCUGGCCGUGGCGAAUGGGAGUUUGCUGAAUCCUUGGUAUUGGAAAAAGACUUUCACAAGGAAGUCAAGCGUGCCAAACUGAAACUGUCGUUGCUGUGGAUGGCCAAGAAACAGCGAAUGUUGCAGCUGCUGGAAGAUGCCUACCCGGAUCCUCUGCCAGCCGCCUACAUCUUCAAAAAGAGUGUGGUGAACCAGACGGACAACUUCACUGCAGUGAUCAUGCUGAAGGACUUGGAGAAGAAAGGGCUGGUCAAGGAGGUGGAGCAGAAUAUCUGGAUCAGGAUGCAGACUGGGGAGGAGCUGCAUGUUCACAAUGUUCAGCUGGUAAAGGAGAUACCCCCUCUGCCUCCUGGGGAACAGCCUAGCAUUGGAAUCAUAACGGCCUUAUUCGAGGAAAAGCUUGCUGUGGACGCCAUGAUAGACAACAAGCGAACUUUCGUCAAGUACAAGACAGAAGGUGAGUCACAGGUUUACACGAUGGGCACCAUCGGAACUCAGCGCGUGGUGUCAACGAAGUUGUCCCGGAAGGGUCAAGGAGAGAAUGCAGAUAUUGCAUCUGAGAACACGGUCACGAGGCUUCUAGGAACGUUCAGCAAGAUUCAGCAUGUGUUCCUUGUCGGGGUUGGAGGUGCUGUGCCCCACUACUCAGAUCACACCAAACACGUGCGCCUCGGAGAUGUCGUGGUGUCUGUGCCCCAGGACAGCACCGGUGCACAAUACAUAUACUGCUCAAAAGUGGAGAAAAUACCGAAAGCGGUGGGCUACAGCUACAUGACGCGGUCGUGGGGAUCACGUGACCAGACGUUACUCAGCAUCGUCAAGUCCAUCAAGCAGCAGGUGGAAACGCGGCUGUACGAUGAUCGACCGUGGGACCAAUUCGUCGAACAGGGCAAAGACACACUGAAGGGUCACGAGUCCAGCUUUCACAGGCCGCCUAUCGGGCGCGACAAGCUCUUCUACACCAACCCCGAUGGCAGCGUAGUGCAGUGCGAGCAUCCCCGGCCACGGCCACGCAGCAUGUACGGCGGAGGGGGCGCCUACAGGGAAGGGCAAGUGAACGUCCGCUUCGGCCUCGUAGGCUCGGGCAAAAUCGUGGCGCGUGCGGACGACCUGCGACGCGACUUCGCGCAGCUCAACAACGUCAAGGCCUUCGACCUGGAGUACUUCCCCGUGGUGGAGAGCUUGGAGGGCAACGGCAACGACAGCUUUAUGGUCAUCAGGGGCUGUUGCGACUACCACGACGGUACCAAGAAGGAAUGGCGGCCCUACGCGGCCUUGGCGGCGGCAGCGGUCAUGAAAUGCAUUAUCGUCAAAAUGUAGUUGGCUUUUACUAUUGUUGCUGUUAUAGUCGAUGAGUUUUUUGCCAUUACUGCGCUUACCGUGUUAUUGACGUUGAAUUUCUUAAUUAUACACUGGAUGGAAAAAAUAUAUACACAUUGAUAUAGCUUUGGUUGGUAGAUUUUGCUCUAAGCCUGUUCUCAGAUGAUGUAUUGUGAAUGAUAAAAUAUUUGAAUGGUAUAGGAAUGAAAGUAGUUCUCUCCCCUACCCGUGAGUGCAUGUUCUUUUCUCUGAGUGGGUGCGUGCGAGUGACAUUCAAAAGAAGCAAUUUCAUUAUCUGCACUCUCACUUGUUAAGACAAAAACUGUUUUGUUUACAGGCUUUUUUGCAAGAAAGGAAAAAACUGUGUAUGAGAUAUAUAUAGAAAACAAAAGAAAAUUAGCAGAAUUUUCCCUCAAAUUUUCUUUUAACGGAAGAGUUUUCAUCGACAUUUCAUCCGCAAAUGCAACUAAAAGGUUGUUGGGCAGUUUGCUCCUGUAAAUUUUUUAACAGACGUCUGCAUUUCGAUACAAUCUGCUACAUGUAGGCUUUCUUAGAUGGUAUCAUAGUGCAAAGUCAUGAACUAGUGGCUGAUCGAGUACCAGCUGACUUAGCCUCCUGCCAGCUUCUUCUGCCAUGUAAACGACAGUUCACACACUUUUAUUUACAUGUCCUAUUAGAUCUGACAUUUAAACUUAAGUUUUUCUGUCUAUGGAAUAUUUCAGUACCCUUUUGCUUUUUUUUUUUUUUUUUUUUUUUUGAUUCCUUGUUUUGGAGUGAAACCAUGUUCCGGUUUAGUUUUUUAAACAAAACCAUACCUGUAGAGCGUUUACAGUCCUUUUUCUGUACCCAAAGGUAUGCAGACAGGUUAUAAGGCAUUUAGAGAAUGAUGCUAAAUAUAUACACCUUUCUUGAGCUAGUAAACAUUAAACGAUUCCACCAUGCUUAACCAAUUUUGUAUAAUAUUCCCGGCCGUUGAGCAGACUUGUAAAUGUCAACGAAAACUCGCCAGGCACUUGCUGCCAAAUAUCUACUCACAUCUUACUGAUACACGGGUGUGGGAGAGAGGUGUUCCACGUCAAUGCUUACAUUUAUUUUUUUCAACGGGGCAACGGAAAAUAAGUAUUAUCAACAUAUAUAAUUCCGAAUGCAUUUUAAUACAUUAUAUGUGCAGACGUAUAUUUCGCAUUUUAUUUACGUUUCAACGGAAGAUGAGAUCAAUCUUCCUAUGUGUCAAUUGUUUGGGACGAAUAGUUAUUCCCCUUCGUGGAUGAUUUGCUUCCUCCAUUUAACUUUCAGAAAUCCGGAGUUUGUGCAUUUUUAUAUAGAUGCUUUGUUUAGAUGUCCGCACAAAAAGAAGUCCACAUCUUUUGAGGGUGAUUUUGGCCAUUCAUACAUGUUUGCUGGCACAAUUUUCUAGAGUCCCUUAUGGUUAUUGUACUCUCAAGGCCUAAGUACCAUCACCAGGUCAUUCAUCGAAAACUUGGCACAAUUCCCUGAUAGUGUCUCUGUCGUUAUGAAUGGUACACUUUAUUUGUUGAAAAAAAAAUUACCCACCCCUCUUCCAUCAAAUACCUCAUUCGAUCCCACUCACUUUUCGAGCCAGCCGGACGUCCUAAAUACGUUUGGAAGCUCAUAAGCGCAGAAUCGUCACCUUUCUUAGCAGCGAGACUCGACUUACCAUCGAUCAUUACACAGCUCAUCAUCUUUCGCAUCUUGAAAACUUGCCAUGCGGUCACCUCGACUCGAUGGCCAACGGUUAAAUCGUUGGUCACCAAAACAUUGAGGAUGCGACUGUCCUGGAUUCAUAUCUCAUUUUACGCUCGCUGUUUUUCGUCGUCACGUGGUACCUGUUUACAGAGCCAGAACUUUGGCUUUGCCAUAACCUUGGUUACUGGUUGGGCGUAAAAUACCAUAGACCUACCCCUGGCCUAACAUCAUGCGAUCACGUAACUCUAUGUAAAUCCACUGUGUCAAUAAGUAACUGAAAUACAUAGCUUUGAACAAACGCUUAGGAAGUAUUAAAAAGUCUCAAAACUGUGUUUAGCAAGUAAAGAAAUCAGAUACUGUGUUGUAUCUGUUGUUGUGAUAUUCUGCAUCAGUUGGGUUUUUUUUUUUCAAACUGCAGUGCAUCCCCUUUGGAUGGUGUUCUUGUUCACGAUUUUUCCCACACUUCUGUCUCCACGGCGGGGCAAAUGUUUCGCCUUAAAAAACUGAUUUCAAGGGUGCUGUUUAUAGCUUUAAGGCAGUGAUCUUGAUGUUUUAGAGUAGAAUAAAGUCGUUUUAUUAAGAAUA